ACACCUGUGUAGUACGCAAACGGAAUCAAACCAUAUUCGGUCGGUCUUCACUAACCAUUGUAGCAAGCCAGUAAGCAAAAAGAUUUAUUUAAUUUUAGUGUCCUUCCGCCAAAAAAUAUUUUUAGUAUAAAAUGUCUUACUUGGAAAAAAGUCGAAAGGUGAAAUUCGUAGAGAAUCUUGUGCUCAUGAUUCUAGUAUUCGUAAUGCAGCUAUCGUUCCUAACAGCAGCUUCAAUUGAUUUUUCUACCGAAAACACAAUUGGUAGCAUAACAACCCCCACCAUUAAUAGAGGCAAUAAGAUAUCAAAGAACGUAACAAUUCCGCAAGCUACAAUAAGAGGGAAUAGUCCUGGUAACAGAAGCGCGGGAAAAAACAGCGAAAGAGGAAAACAAUUGCUAAUAGCGUUGUCAUCUAAAUCGUAUAUAAGUAAGCCAAACUCAACAACACCUACACCAGUCAAGCUUUCGAAGCGUGCUGGAUCCGCUGCCGAAAUCAAACAAAAAAAAUUCAACAAGGUUAGCUCAAAUCGCACUGGAGAAACAGCAGCACGUAACAAAAUCCGUCAGGAAACAGACCACAUUCCAGAUUCAUCCGGCCAUAUCCCUUAUCGGAUAGAUCGUCCGCAUUUGGUACCGCCUGAAUAUGACUCUACGGGAGUGAGUGCACUUUCAAACGAUGCUGGCGGCAGUUAUCAAACAUUGUCCUAUGAGGCAGAUAAAUGGCCAAAUGACUAUUGGGAACGAGAUUACAACAAAAAUCUAUUUUAUAACACAACUCGGGUGCAACAUAUUGAAGCGGAAUGUCAGGAUGACUACAUGAAAAUACGAAUUGGUUUCAAUGCUACCUUCAGUGGUUUGGUAUAUUCAGCUGGCUAUGCGUAUGACCCUGAUUGCAUGUAUAUAAAUGGCUCAGGUCGAGAUUACUAUGAAUUUUUUAUUCAGUUGAAUCGCUGUGGAACUUUGGGGAAAAAUGCACUUCACGAUGAAAAGAGAAAAAAUCCAACAAACUUUAUGUGGAAUACAGUAACAGUUCAAUACAAUCCUCUCAUAGAGGAAGAAUAUGAUGAACAUUUUAAAGUUACUUGCGAGUAUGGGUACGAUUUUUGGAAAACUGUCACUUUUCCAUUUUUGGAUGUAGAGGUAGCUACUGGCAACCCAGUCGUCUUCACUCUAAGUCCACCUGAGUGUUAUAUGGAAAUACAAAAUGGAUAUGGUAUUGGUGGCCCACGAGUUACUGGCCCUGUUAGAGUCGGAGACCCCCUUACAUUAAUAAUUUACAUGCGCAGUAAAUACGAUGGAUUUGAUAUUGUGGUAAAUGAUUGCUUUGCUCAUAACGGCGCCAAUAAAAAAAUUCAGCUUAUUGAUGAAUACGGUUGCCCUGUAGAUGAUAAGUUAAUUUCUAGAUUCCGUGGCUCUUGGUCUGAUUCUGGAAUAUUUGAAACACAAGUGUACGCGUAUAUGAAAACAUUUCGCUUCACUGGUUCGCCAGCAUUAUACAUUGAGUGUGAUGUACGAAUGUGCCAUGGCCGAUGCCCAAGCCAACCAUGUCAUUGGCGUAAUUUGAAAGCUGUAACUAAGCGUGAUACUUCGAACUCGACAUCAGUAUCGUUAAGUCCAACCGCGAUUACAAAGACGCAAUCCACCGCUGCGCCUUCAGAUUCGCAGCAUAACAUUGAGAAUAUUUUAAACGUGGAAACAAUGACUUCAAGAAAAGAAAAGCAAGCCAUUUCGUUAUCGGAGAAUUUGAAUCUGUUUCAAUCUUUGCGUGUGUUACAGGAAGGUGAAUUAGGUGGAGAUGAUGUUUACUCCCAUACACAUCGUUUAAAUCCACUUACCCAUCAAACAUGCAUAAAAACAACAACAUUUUCAACUAUAACAGCUACACUUUCGGUGGUUAUGUGUUUGCUGUCUGGCGCACUAAUGGUAACCUGCUCUCGCCUUAAUCGACGUAGUAAAGAUGCAUCUCUAUAUGAAACAUACAUCACCCAUAAAGGACAAAUUGAUUAAUUGAGCUCCUCUCGCUAAGAACCGUAGUGCUUAAAAAUUGAAUAAAAGUCAGUGUACUCUGUA